AUGUUGGUCCCAUGGAAUAGGUUAAUCCGCUUCGUGGCCACGGAUGGCCAAGUGCUAAGGGGCGAGCCGAUUCUUCCCCAUCCAGAUUUUGAUUUGGGUCAAACAGAUGAAAAAACUAAGCUACAGGCAAGGGUGAUCAUUGGAAAUGAUAUCUACGACACCACCGGAAAAACCAGAGUGCCUGAUGAGGUUGUCACGGUACGAAAACUGCUAGGCCCUCUCGAGCGCAACGACGUCGAUAUUCUCCGCUGCGUUGGACUAAAUUAUGCAAAACAUACUGACUAUGAAGGCGAGCUGGUUCUGAUUAUUGGCAGAGAUGCGAAAGAUGUAAAGCUUGAGGAUGCUUUGGAUUACGUGGCUGCGUACACGGCUGGCAACGACAUCUCCUCGCGCAAACUUCAGCGCGAUCCAAAGCUGGCCGGGGGAGUGCCUCAGUGGGGUUUCUCCAAAGGCUUUGAUACAUUUGCUCCUCUAGGUCCUGCUCUAGUGAGACCUGACCUGAUUGGAGAUUACAGAGAAUUGCUGUUGCAGACAAUGAUAGAUGGAGAUACUAGACAAAAGGAGUCUUUAAGUGAUCUGCUAUUUGACUGCAGUUAUCUGAUUCAUUAUCUAUCUCAAGGCACAACCUUGCGAAAAGGUUCAGUAAUCAUGACGGGAACUCCGGGAGGUGUAGGUGCAAGUUUGAAACCUCCAAGGUAUCUUGUUCCUGGCACGACCAUGGAGGUCGUGAUCAGUAAGAUCGGAACCUUGAAGAAUGGCGUAGAAUUUGCAUAG